AUGACUACAAACCCUAAUUGGCCAGAAAUUACUUCAGCAUUAUUAUCAUAUCAAAAACCUAUUGAUCGUCCUGAUUUAAUUACUCGUGUUUUUGAGUUGAAGAGAAAAUAUUUGAUGAAUGAGAUAGAAGCAAAUAAAGUGUUUGGAAAUAAAGUUGCACAUGUUUUUACAAUUGAAUUUCAAAAACGAGGCCUCCUCCAUAUGCAUGCACUUUUAUUUCUUAAGGGUCUAGACAAAAUUCGGACAUGUGCUCAAGUAAACAAAUUGGUCUGUGCAGAAUUUCCAGACCCAAAAGAUGAUCCUAUGCUUUUUGAAACUGUCAAAUGUUGUAUGGUACAUGGACCAUGUGGUGCUCGAAAUCCGCAUGCACCACGUAUGGAAAAUGGUAGAUGCAGUAAGAGAUACCCUCGAGCUUUCACAGAAACAACAACUAUGGAUCAAGAUGGAUACUCCAUCUAUCGUUGUCGCAAUAAUGGCCAAGUACAUACUGUGAGGAGGCAAGAAGUUGAUAACAGGAAUGUCGUACCAUACAAUGCAUAUCUUUCUAAACUUUUAAACUGUCAUAUAAAUGUGGAAGUAUGCAUCGGAAUGAGAUGUGUCAAGUAUAUACGUAAGUACACUUAUAAGGGUUAUGAUCGUACAACGAUGGUGUUGGGAUCGAUAAAUGAGAUUCAACAAUAUCUCGAUGCAAGGUAUAUUGGACCUCCAGAAGCUGCUUGGUGA